GUUCGACGCUGCCACGUCAAGUGAGACGGUACUAGUGUGAAUGAAGUGGCAGUUUCGGCAUUUUUAUCAGUUUCGUCUUCCGACUGAAAUCGGUAGUUUCAAUACGACUAUAGGGAACUGAAGAUGCGUGCCGUUUUAUUAACAGUAGCGAUAGCCCUUCUGGGUUCCGCUUAUGGAGACGAAAUACCCACUGAAGACAAUGUACUUGUUCUAAGCAAACCUCUUUUUGAUUCUGUUAUUUCAAGCAACGACUACGUUUUAGUGGAAUUCUAUGCGCCAUGGUGCGGCCACUGCAAGUCUCUCGCGCCGGAAUACGCAAAAGCCGCCACAAAACUUGCCGAAGAAGAUUCUCCUAUAAAGUUGGCUAAAGUAGAUGCUACUCAAGAACAAGAUUUGGCUGAGUACUACAAAGUUAAGGGAUACCCAACCCUUAUUUUCUUCAAGAAAGGCAGCAGUAUUGACUACACAGGCGGACGACAGGCUGAUGACAUCAUUGCAUGGCUAAAGAAGAAGACUGGUCCUCCGGCAGUCGAAGUUGCCUCGGCAGAACAAGCUAAAGAACUCACUGUUGCCAACCUCGUUGUUGUAUUUGGUUUCUUCCCAGACCAAUCAUCUGAACGGGCAUUAGCUUUCCUUAACACUGCUGGAGUUGUUGAUGACCAGAUCUUUGCUAUUGUAUCUGAUGAGAAAGUUAUCGAAGAGAUGGAAGCUAAAGCUGGCGACAUUGUUUUAUACAAGAAAUUCGAAGAUCCCCAAGUCAAGUAUGAUGCUGAAGAGUUGAAUGAAGACCUCCUCAAGAAUUGGGUGUUCAUGCAGAGCAUGCCCACAAUUGUCGAAUUCUCUCAUGAAACAGCGUCCAAGAUCUUCGGUGGUCAGAUCAAAUACCACCUCCUUUUAUUCCUGUCCAAGAAAGACGGUCACUUCGAGAAAUACAUCGAUGAGUUGAAACCUGUUGCCAAGAACUACCGAGACAAGAUCAUGACCGUCUCCAUCGACACUGACGAAGAUGACCAUCAGAGAAUCCUGGAGUUCUUUGGUAUGAAGAAGGAUGAGGUCCCAUCCGUACGUCUCAUAGCCCUGGAACAAGACAUGGCCAAGUACAAGCCAGCGGCCGAUGAACUUAAUGCCAACACUGUUGAGGAAUUCGUUCAGUCUUUCUUCGCCGGCACUCUGAAGCAGCAUUUGUUGAGCGAGUCUCUCCCCGCGGACUGGGCCGACAAACCCGUGAAAGUGCUAGUCGCUUCCAACUUCGAUGAAGUCGUCUUUGAUAACGAAAAGACUGUGCUCGUGGAGUUCUACGCGCCGUGGUGCGGCCACUGCAAGCAACUGGUGCCUAUCUACGACAAACUCGGUGAGCACUUCGAGAAGGACAGCGACAUCGUCAUCGCCAAAAUUGACGCCACCGCCAACGAGCUGGAACACACCAAGAUCACCUCCUUCCCGACCAUCAAGCUCUACACCAAGGACAAUCAGGUUCGUGAGUACAACGGUGAGCGUACUCUGAGCGCGCUCACAAAGUUCGUGGAAACCGGCGGGGAGGGCGCCGAGCCCGUGCCGGUGGACGAGGAGUCCGACAGCGACGACCACGAACAACCCCGAGACGAGCUAUAAACACCAUCUAUAUAAUAAUAUUUUUAUGAUAAUAAAUACAAAGGCCAGUGCGGUCUCUGAACAUCCUGUAUAAUAUAUAUCUUAUAUUGCGAUCGCCGGUGCGGUCUUGAACAUCCUAUAUAUAUUAACUGCAUUUUUUGCUCGACUGUUUACUUUUUUUUAUAGUUAUACAACUGUGUCCAGUUGUUGUAUGUCUGUCUAUUCCAUAGUCGGUAGGUUUGAUCUGUCUACGUUGUCUAUGAUCUAUGAUAUUUUCUAAGGAAAUACUCUCGUAUUCUUCCGACCGCGAUCCAGGAGGGUAGUUUAUCGCUCGUAAUUUAUUCCUCAGCAGCACAAUUCGUGUUAUGUAUGUCUUAAGCGUAUUUAUAAUUUCUGUAUCAUAAUAGGUUUCUUCUUUGCAUUCGUUUGAAAUCGAUUGAAGAAAUAAUCGAACAAGUUUGUUAAUUUUUCUAUUGGAGAUGGUUAUUUUUGUAUGUUUUUUUCCUCCGUGUAUCGUUAUGUACAUCACAAGAGAUAUUUUUAAGAUGGAAUCAUCUUGACAGUGAACUAUCGUUUAUAUUUUUGUAUCGAUUUUAUUGUUUUGUUUUACGUUUGAGAGUUUUCGAGAAGGUGCUUUCGUGGAAAUUCAAUAUACAUAUUUUCGUAUUCCCUUAAAAUUUUAUUAGUAAUUCUGAAGAUCUGUGUAAAUAUCUACAUGAUUAUCGCCAAAUCCACAUCAUCUGUUUGUCUGUUGUGGAUACAGAAAUUGAUAAAUAAAUAACACUAGGAAUAUAA